AUGUCCCGCCGUCCAAGGGCAAACGCAACCGGCGGCGACAACGGCAGAAGCAACAAGGAGCUGCCGAAUCGGGAGACACUCCAGAUGCCAGAAAAUGUGCCGCCACUUCCAGAGCUGGCUGCAUUCGUCGACAUUGGACUGACCAAGAUCACUCGGGUACUAGCGGAGAACGCCUGUCCAUCUUUACAGACAGACAAGGACGGGGGACAUGCAGCGCAGAGCGCGAGCACGCAGCCCCCAGAAUUGUCGCCAUAUUCAAUUAUUUUUGUUGCCCGGUCGGGCCAUCCCUCUGUGUUUUACUCUCACUUUCCCCAGAUGGUGGCCGUCGCUUCACACAGCCGUAAGAGAACCAGCACCGACUCCCUUGAUGCCUGUGUUGGAUCGCCGUCCUCUAUAAUGGACCCGAUUCGCCUUGUUGGGUUCUCGCAUGGUUGUGAGGACAGACUAAGCGCCUGUCUUGGGAUUCCACAUGUAUCUAGUAUCGCCUUGCGGGCUGGGGCCACGCAGUCACAGGGGCUGGUUGACUUUGUUCGUGGCCGCGUGCCGCCAGUCGAGAUUCAAUGGUUGCAGGAGGCACGGGCAGGUGAUUACCGUAAGACGCAUAUUCACAUGGCUGAGGUUACUGUUGGUCCGAAGAAGAAGAAGGUUUGA